AUGUCAUCAAACACCGAGCGCAAAACAAUCAUAACGUCCGAAAACCGCUCCCUCAUCCUCUCCGCUGGCACAACCGGUUUCCGCACCUGGGAAGCAGCCCUACACCUAGGCACAUUUCUCUCGACCACGAGCGCCGGGAAAUCCCUGAUUGGAAACAAGCGCGUCCUCGAACUUGGAGCCGGUACUGGGUUCCUGUCCUUCCUCUGCGCAAAGCACCUUGGUGCGGAGAGCGUUGUCGUCACGGAUCGGGAGCCGGCUCUCAUCGAACAAAUAGACGACUGCAUUGGCAAGAACGGGUUAAACAAGAAGCAGAUCCAGGCGGGGAUUUGGGAGUGGGGAAUGCCGCUUCAGGUUCCUUUCCUCUUCGAGGAGCAUGGCCGGGUAGAGUUUGAUAUUGCUGUCGGGGCGGAUCUGAUAUAUGACUCGGAUAUCGUGCCACUUCUCGUCUCCACAAUCAGGGACCUCUUCGACAAUUAUUCCGUGAAGGAGUUCAUCAUCGCCGCCACUGUUCGCAACGAAGAUACCUUUCACACUUUUCUGGAAGCCUGUGCACGGAACGCCCUCGCCGUAGAGCAGAUACCCUUUCAGUCGCCGCCGAGUGAGGCACAGACGGGAUUCUUCCACUCGACCAGUAUUCCAAUCCGGACGUACCGGGUUCUUCAAAGUCAGGGGCAGGACCAGGGUCAGACCUCGUCUUCAUCUUAG